UCAGCACUGACUCGACGCCUCUCUCUCUCCCUCUGUGAUCAGUGGGUGAGAGGGGGGAGACGAGCAACACACAUCGGAGAACCCGGCGUGCGCCUCCGUCAUCAUCUUGUAGGCUCAUCCUUACAUCACUACAUCACCGGUCCUGGAUCCCCAAACCUCGGUCCUGGAGACGCCUGAGUCUGCAGCAGCGCACGAUCUGCUUUAUUUCCAGCCUAUAUCUGAAUGACGGGCGGAAGGUUUGACUUCGACGACGGUGGCACUUACUGCGGGGGGUGGGAGGAUGGCAAAGCCCACGGACACGGCAUCUGCACCGGACCCAAGGGCCAGGGCGAGUACGCCGGGUCCUGGUCGCACGGCUUUGAGAUAGUAGGGGUGUACACCUGGCCCAGUGGGAAUACCUACAAGGGCUACUGGUCCCAGGGGAAGCGGCAUGGGCUCGGUGUGGAGAAUAAAGGAAAAUGGAUCUACCGCGGAGAGUGGAGUCACGGUUUUAAGGGUCGGUACGGCGUCCGGCAAAGCCACAACACACCUGCUAGAUACGACGGUACCUGGAGCAACGGGCUGCAAGAUGGAUAUGGGAUCGAAACUUAUGGUGAUGGCGGUACCUAUCAAGGCCAAUGGAUGGGCGGAAUGCGGCACGGCUAUGGCGUGCGUCAGAGUGUUCCCUAUGGCAUGGCCACCGUUAUCCGUUCUCCUCUCCGUACAUCUCUGGCCUCGCUGCGUUCCGAGCAGAGCAACGGCACCGUGCUCCAGGACCUCUCCUCCCCUGCAGACACGCCGACAGGCAGCCGUGGAGGCUUCGUCCUUAACUUCCACUCAGACAGUGAGGUCGUAACUGGCAAGAAGAAGGGCCUGUUCCGCCGGGGCUCCCUCUUCGGCAGCCUCAGGCAGUUGCGCAAGUCUGACUCUCGGACCUCAAUCUCCAGCAAGCGCAGCUCUGCGAGAAGUGAUGCCACCAUGAGCCGCAUCAGCUCCAGUGACGCCAACUCUACCAUAUCCAUUGGUGACGGUGAGCUGCAAGAUGAGGACCUACCUCUGGAGGACCAUGUGGAUGCCACCACAACCGAGACCUACAUGGGCGAAUGGAAGAACGACAAACGCAAUGGAUUUGGUGUUUCAGAGAGAUCCAAUGGGAUGAAGUACGAAGGAGAAUGGCUUAACAACAAGCGCCAUGGUUACGGUUGCACGAUUUUCCCAGAUGGCACCAAAGAAGAAGGGAAGUACAAAAAUAACGUGCUGGUGCGUGGAAUAAGGAAGCAGUUGAUUCCUCUUAAGAACCCCAAAACCAAAGAGAAGGUGGAUCGGGCUGUGGAGGGGGCACAGAGGGCUGCAGCCAUUGCCAGGAGUAAAGUGGAAAUAGCAGCUUCCAGAACGGCCCAUGCCAGGACAAAAAGUGAGGCUGCAGACCAGGCCGCUAUCUCUGCUGUGCACGACUCGGAAAUUGCCAGGGCGGUUGCUAGGGAGCUCUCCCCCAACUUCUACCAACCAGGACCGGACUACAUAAAACAACAGUUAAAGGAGCCUGUGGAAAUUAAAGAGGUCCCUGUAGAAAUCAAGGACAGCUCCCCCAGAGAUUCUCCUCACUUUUACCGCAAAGGUACAACUCCUCCCCACUCCCCUGUGACCAGUUCUGGAGCCACACCUCCCCCCUCGCCUCACUCCAGCAAGAAGAAAGGUCAGCUUGCCAACAGCACUAGCCGCAAAACCAGCAAAGAGGAAAAACCGUCCCACAAAUCAAGCAAAGAAGAAAAGUCAAGUCACAAGACCAGUAAGGAUGAGCGGUCUAGUAGAAAGCUGAGUAAAGAGGAGAGGCUGUCCGUCACUGAUGGCCCCAAAAGUUCUCAUGUGCACGUCGAGGCUCCACCUAAACCUGCUAAAGUUCAACAGCCUACCCCAGCAUCCGCCCCUCCUCCACAUCCUCCUUCAAUUCCAGUCAACGGCCAGCUCCACUCUGAAUACCACAGUUACUAUGUCAAGGCCCCUACAAGGGUCCCUCCACCCCCAGACCCUGAGGAGGAUCUAGAGGAAGAGCCUAGUGCCAUGGCCCUGGCGCGUAUGCCACCACAACCCCCUAGGUCCUUUAGUACCCCCACUCCUAAGCCUGCCUCCAUACGGGAGAGCAAGAGCGACCAGAAACUCAGGAAGCAGGAUUCCCUAAAGCCAAAGAGCCUCGCAGACACAAAGAAAGCCAGUAUGGAGAUUGCAGAAAGUACGGAAGAAACAGGUCCUAACUCGAUCCUUGUUGCUAUGGUAAUGCUGUUGAAUAUUGGCCUUGCAAUUAUAUUUGUCCAUUUUCUGACAUGAUGAUGCUGUUUCUCAGUGAAACCAUGGCAACCGGUACAGUUGCAUCGCCGGCCUUGAAAAAUGAAAAUGGCGCCAGUGAGGCAUGGGGGUGGCCGUAGGUGUUUGGGAAUCAGCGUGACACCGAAGAGAAUCAGGAGGAAGGCAUCACUAACACCAACCUGUCAUGGGCCUUCUUUAGGGCCAGCCCCGUGAAUUAGCACUCCUUUGGCUUCUCUAAAAGCUGAGGUGAAAUGUCGUGUCUAGUGAGAUAAAAAAAAAAAGAAUAAAAAUAAAAAAUGUUUAAAAAUGCAACCAAACAUACACAGUCUGGAAAAAGAAGUAAUUGAAACCCACACGUGUGCUGAUCCAAGCGCUGGUCUCUGUAGCCCACUCCCACUGCCUUGGCAGAGGUUGCGGUGGGCUGACGGACUUUGCUGGAAGAGUGUGGAGAUGCACUUUUAGAUGACGGGAGCAAACAGCUGCCUUUCUAUUUUGCCAUCUGACGUUUUGAUGGGGAGAUGUGAGCCCGGCGGCCCGGGGGUUGGGGAGGAGGACAGUCGCAGCGGGAGCGUGCUCAGGUGUUCGGAGCAUUUUCUGGGCUUCACACCACUCUUGCAACAGGAAACUGGGCAUGACCGUUGCCAGCAGUCAGUGCUAGCACGGUCACUAGCCAGUCUUACUCGGUUAACCCAAUCAUCACCACAGCUUUCUCGAGCUCUGUCCAUUGUUACCCAGGAUACACUGCUUUGAAACACUCCCCGUGCAUGGUACAGUUUUAACAUUUUGUUUUUGUUUGUUUUCUGUUCUAUCGUAACUUUUUUUGUUUUGUUUUGUUCAUUGUUGUUCUCUGAAUGUUGGUUACCUGCAGUCAUACGCUUGUAGUUGAAAAGGAACAUUUUCACCUCAGAAUGAGUGAAAAAAUUUGUUUUCCCUUUUGUUUAGAAUUUUUACUCAUUUCUAACAACUGAGUUGUAAUUUGACAUUACACAUUCAUGUUAGUGAAAGUGCAAUAUGUUUUAUUUGUUCAAAAGAAAGCUUAUAGUAUAUUUUGCCAAAAAAAAAAAAAAAACGGGAGGGUUGUACUAUUAUUUUAAAAAAAAUCCUAUGUUCCAUUUAUUUAGCCAAACUCUCACAAUUUGAAUAUGCUUGAUUGGAGAGAGUGUUGAUUACCAGCUAGCAUUGUGUUUAGAAAGGAGGUUGAGAGUGAAGUAGCAAAUGUCUUAUGUUAUUUAUUAAACCAGAAGGAAAACUAUUUCACGCCUAGACCACUUUGCUUGAAUUCCUUCAUCCUAUUCUUUGCUUUCAUUGUUUUUAAUACACCACUAAGACACAAAGACGCAGUGCACACAGCUGCUUCUGUAGGCCCAGCAGUUCUUGCAUGCUUGUGAGACUGGAUCAGGACAGUCUUGUGGAUGGUGGAAGUUGAAUUUAUUCAGGUUGAGGCCAUGGGGAAUGUGGCACCAGGGAUAAGGAGAGAUGCCUUUAUAAAAGUCUUUAACAGUACUACUGUUUACCUCAGAAAAAAAAAAACAGAUGAGGAGGGGGGGUGGGGGGAAGAGAUGCCAUCCUUGUCUUAACUUUGUUGUGUGGGGGGACACUCUGACUGUUGUCAUCACCUAAAUCAUGCUUGCCUCAUCGUAGCUGUUUGUAGUCUUUGUUGCAGGUAUGGCAUGAGUUUCUUUGACUUUAAAAGUGGUUAUUUAUAUGGCAGACAUUUACUGUCAUCACUAUGAAGAUUAAUUAUUUAUUCAUUGUACAACUGAUGUGUUUGUGAACAUUGGUCAUCCUAAAAAGGGCUUUAAUAUGGCUAAUAAGGGUUUCUUUGCUGCAGCUCAGUUUUGAAGAUCAACUUGACUACAGUAGAUUCUGUUCCAAAAUGAGCAGCACGUUACAUUUGGAGAACGCUUCAGUCAGUUAGAUGUUUGCAAACUGUCCGUGUUACCACUAGAAAACUAACCACUGAAAUCUAUACAAUAGAAAACAGACCAAGAAGAUAUUACUGAACAACAUUAAAUUCUUUACCCUUUCUUUGCCCUCUUUCUUUUUGGUUUCCCUGUCUUCACAUGAGCAUGGUGAAGACUGGAGUUUCGGAAGAGGGUUUAACAGAACAGCCUGUUUAUGGGAUAUUUUUGAAAUGCAACAUUGCAUGUUGGAGACAUUUAUAUAUAGAUUAUUAUAUACUAUUUGUAAGGAUUUUUACAGAGCACAAUCCAGAAUCUGGUAUGAGUUGGUAUUUUUCUAACAAUUUGCACACCUGUAUUUUGACAAUGAAUAUAACUUGUUUGUAAUUGGUAAUGUAAUGCACAUAUGAUAAUGUUUGACAGUGGAAAAAAAAACUUUAUUUCUAAUUGGUUGUACUGUAUGUACCAUUUGGGGAUGUGAAAGGCAGAUGUACUUGUUUGAGUAUUUUAGGAAAUAACGAGGAACUGCGGGAGACUUUUGAUAUCUCAAGGUUCAUGUUACCCCACUGAUUUGUGCAAAGUCUUUGGAGAUGAAGUUAUGUGUAUAACAAUAAAGAUGUUAUGCCUUGUUAAAUGAAA